UUACCCUCAACAUAACUGACCAUUUUUGCUUUCUUAUUCAUCUCCAUCACUGUUUUCCUAAAAUGAAAUCUCCUAUGAUUUUUCAUUGGUUCAUAAUAAUCACCACCAUUAUUUGCUUUAACAAUAAUGUUAGUAAUAUUCUUGCAAAUAAGCUAAGGCCUCCUGCUGUAGCACCAAAAAAACCACCAAAAAAUUUGGCUGGAAAAUGUGAUUUUUAUGAUGGAAAAUGGGUUGUUGAUUAUAAGUAUCCAGUCUAUAAUGCAAAAGAUUGUCCAUUUUUGUUGGAGCAAUUUGAUUGUGUAGGGAAUAGAAGACCAGAUAGAGCUUAUCUCAAGUAUAGAUGGCAACCCACAAAGUGUAACUUAGCCAGGUGGGAUGGAAAGGAGUUUGUGAGAAGAAUUAAAAACAAGGAGGUGUUGUUCGUGGGAGAUUCAUUGAGCUUAAAUCAAUGGCAAUCUUUGGCAUGCAUGCUUCAUUCUGCCUUCCCUCGUCUUAAUUACACUGUCACAAGAAAUGGACCACUCAUGUCGACCUUUUCUAUACCUUCAAAGCAAGUGACAUUGAGUUACGUGAGAAAUGCACUGCUGGUUGACAUAGUGAGGGAGAAAUCAAAAAGAGUGCUAGAGUUGAACUCAGUUGCAGUUUCUUCAAAGCUCUGGACUGGUUAUGACAUUUUGAUCUUUGAUACUUGGCAUUGGUGGCUUCAUACUGGAAAAAAACAACCAUGGGAUAUGAUUCGUGAUGGGAAAGUCCUACGUAAAGAUAUGGAUCGUUUAAAAGCUUAUGAAAAAGCCUUGGUAACAUGGGGUAAAUGGGUCUCCAACAACAUUAAUUUCAACAAAGUUCAAGUCUUCUUCCAGGGUAUCUCUCCUGACCACAGCAAUGGCACCCAAUGGGGGAAAAAGACCAACACAAUGCAAUGCAAGGGGGAGCAGAAACCAGUAAAAAGGCUAAGAUAUUUAGGAGAUCCAGAUGAAGCAGACAUGUUGUUGGGAAAAGUGUUGGGAAAAACAGGAAAGCCAAUUCAUUUGCUGAAAUUAAACAAAAUGUCUCAAUAUAGAGUUGAUGGUCAUCCUUCUAUUUAUGGAAGUCCUAGAUAUAAAGGCAUGGAUUGUACACAUUGGUGUCUUCCUGGUGUUCCUGAUACUUGGAAUCAACUUCUUUAUGCUAAUCUCAUUUGAUUUGGAAAAAAAAAUAAAUAUAUUGGUAUAUACUCACCAAACAUUUGAAA